AUGUGCAUUGCGAUGGCUUGUUUUGGCGCUGCUGAGCUGGAGAGGGCGGCUGGGGCGGACUGGAAGAGGGCGACGCAACAUCCAUUCAUCGACGGCAUCGGGGACGGCACGCUGCUGUUUUGGGAAAAGUUCAAGCAGCAGCGCCAAAACAAGCCAAGUGCACGUUUGGACGCUGUGCUACAAAGAUCUGUCAGCAGCAGCCGUCAAGCUCUUCUCUGCACCAUUGUCUGCUUCUCCAUCCACUUAGGCUCGCAGCGAGGGGGUCCUGGGGGUUUCCCGUCUCGUGACGGAGACUUGCAGAUAAAUCGAGAUUGCGUACGUGGUGUAAGAACCAUGUUCGUCGGCAACGAGGCGCCCAGCCGGGCCAACAAGCGUUCAAAGAGGACAAACAAAGCCGCCAAAGGGGACGUGGCGUCUGGCCGGUUCUCUUGCGUGGCUGCGCUGGGCAUGAUACUGUGGAUCUGCCUGUUCAUCUGCUGUGUGCUGGGUGAGCUCUCACUGAAGCAAACUGAAUGAGCUCUCACUACGUGCAGCUCUUCAUUGAAUUGGUACGGCUGCCUGAUUGUGAGUGCAUGCAGCUCUUGUGCUGAACAACUACGAGGAGGGCGAGGAGCUGGGGCUGAACAUGAAGGGCGAAGAGACCUCAUACAUACAAGGCCCGGCCCGUGAAAAGUUCAAAUAUAGGCGUACGUGUCGCACUAUGAGGAGUGAGUCCUCAUGUUAGGGUGUCGACGAAUCAUUUUUGUUGCGUUCGUGUGCAGUGCCCCAGAAUGCUUUGCUUUUCAGCCUUGCCGCCGGCUGUUUCGCCGUCUUCACUGCAGCAUAUUUCGUUUCAUUCAUUCUCAUACAGGGCAGAGGCCCGCCGCCGACCAUCACCCAGUCCCAGUAUAUUUAUCGAGGCCUUAAGACCCAUGCCUGGUCCUCCCUCCCGCCGCAGAUAGCGGUGGGGUGCGUCUUGGCGGUGUUGGUGGGAUUCUCGUCGGAAGAAAUAAAAAAGGGGACGGGGUUCGCAUCUGGCGGUGCCUUUUGUGCCGGGGCUCUUCUCCUGCUUUUGAGCCAAUUGUUGGGUCUCUGGACCGUUGCCAAUGCCAAUCUACGUGUCGCGAACGCUCUGGCGGGAGACAAGGGCCUGUCGGUCGGAUUGCGCAUUGCAACACGAGCCGGUGGGGUCUGUGGGCUUGUCUCACAAGCGUUUGCUCUGAUGGGAUGCGCUGUGCUGUACCUUUUCAUUACGGAUCUGGUGGUCCUCGUCGCGUGAGGAAGAGAAAGGAAGGAAAUACAGCUGAUUUCACCGCCAUUCUACAUUUCGAUCGUAUCCCCUGUUUGUGUUCAGCUUCGCGGCUGGAGGGUCUUACCUUGCAUUCCUCAUACGUGAGCAGAAGACUUAUUGAGAGACACAAACCCGAUCGCUUUUUCCUUCGCCUUUAUGCAGGCGUUGGCGGAACAAUCUUCUCGAGCGGCGCCAGGAUUGGCGACGAUCUUAUUGGUGCCUCUGAUGAGGUCAGCGCCCAACCAAUGGUGGAUUGUGAUGUAUCCACUGGCUGUUUCUCCUGGUUAUGUUGUGUCUCCCUCCCUCCCUCCCUUGCUUGCUGGCCUUCAGUCUCGCAAGAUGGAGGAGGACCGUAUCUUUCAGCAGGUAUGCACCCGAUGACCCUCACGUAUUUUGUCGUGUCACCAUUGCCCUGUCUCCAUGUAUGCCACAGCAAGUCAUGCUCAAAAAGGCAGAAGAGGUCGGCCGCAUCCCAGCCACUGACGCCCAAAAUGUGUCUUUCGGUCGAUACAUUUCUCGCACUGUUAUUCCUCCUUCAGGCUCGCCGCGAACGGCCCAAGCAGGGAGACGUGGAGGCACCAGUAAGUUUCGGGAAGUCGACUGCACGGCUUCUUUUUUGUCCUUUUUGCUUUGCUCAGGCUGACGACGACGACGACGACGAGGUUCAGGCAGGGUUUGACGGCAAACAUCACCCCAUAGAAAUGCUCCCAUCGGUCGGCGGGAGCAUUUCAGAGGCCUCGGGAUCAGCUACGGAUGCCUUUGAGAGCCUAAGCCUAGCGCUGGCCAUCACUGCAAUGGUCGGUGUCAAACACUUGGUCAAUGAUCCGGAAAUGGGGGCAGCUCUUCCUUUCUGGGUAAGUUACCCGGAGAAUAAAGAAGAUGUGGCGCGCGCAAUUUCGUGCCAUUCUACAGAGUCCGUUUUCGAUCAUCAGAUUGCUGGCGGAGGUGUUGCGUCUUCUGCCCUUCUUUCCUUCGGUCUCAUCGUGUUUGAAUCUUCAUCGGCUCGCAUGCUUCGGCUGGCUCUUCGAGCGUCAAAUAUGCUGUGUGGAGCAGCGGUCGUCGGGGUGCCCCUCGCCGUGCUCCUUAUCAAGCAGCAUACUGACAAAACAGUAAAAACAGGAAGUGGAAGAGCAGACAAACAAGAGACAUGCCCCUGUCCUCUCUGCUGAUGUUGCAUGUAGAACAUCGGCUUCACCCAAAUUCUUCAGUUCGCUUUCUGCAUUGGAGCUGGCGUGUUGGCGCCCGAGCUUAACUCCGUCAUUUGUGAGGUCCUCACAGAUAUCCAGUCAGUGCCGUCGCGCAUAGCAUCCAUCGCUGAGCAUGGAGGCCCAGUGCAAGUGCUGCUCUCCGGGACAUCUUGUGGCUUCCUGGGGACAAUUCUGCCGUCUUUGGUCGCCAUGCUUGCUGUGACUGGUGAGACCUGACGACCAAACAUACAUAGGUCACAGCAAGCGGGUGCGUGCUUGCUUGCGUUAUUCGCCAUCCAGGUGCGUUUCACCUUGAAGGUUUCUAUGGUGAGCGCCUGCAUUCACGAGAGAAUACGGGGGCUGUAUCUGUUUGUUGUGCCCUCAGGCGUUGCCCUUCUGACAGUGGCCUCGCUGGGGGCCAGCCCCUUCUACGUGCGUACCAGCACACAACGCUGACUGACUCGACAGGCGACACAUGCAAAUGCUUCCAUCGCAUGUGUCAGGCCUCAAUGGCGGCGUUUAGCGCCGUGUCCUCCAAUGCGUAUUUCUUGGUGCCCACAGUGGCGAGCACAGCAGGGGUGGGGGGCGGGAGGUCGUCAGGCAGGGCGAGACGGAGAGCCAUCAAGAUGAUCGAACUCAGUGCUGCGACAUCGCAGUCCGGUGAGUGCGCUGUUCCAGGGAGGACAGGCCUGCUGCUGGUUGGUGGCUGAGCAAGCCCGUCUUUCUCUGUUUUCUAUAGGCAAGGUGGCCAGCGUCACUUCUGUUCUCUUCUUGGCUUUUUGUGUGAGCAUCAUCGUGCUGGCGGAGGCCCUUACACGUGACAACCAGCAGCUGGCAACCUUUGUGGGAAGGCCGAUUAGCGAGUUCAGCUUCAUUGGUCUUUUUUCCGGGGUGUUUCUGCCUUUUGGGUUUGUGGGUGUGACGAUGGCUGCUGUGUCGGGCAUCGGGCAUGAGUACGUGACGCAUUGCAAGACGCAGCUGAAGGAGGACUCGCCCGACCGGAUCGUGGCUCUUGUGCAGCGGCUGGUAGCGUUUGGUCAACAUCGAUCCUAUGAGAAGGUAAGCCAUUGCCGAUGGAAUCCGCGACAAGAUUCCCAUUCCUUAAUCCAGGUUGCUCUCCCUCUGGUGGUGUCAAUCGGAGCGCCACUCAUGGCCGGGAUGUUUCUCGGUGCACCUGGGCUCAGCAUCUUUCUACAAGUGAGAAAGAGAGAAAUAGUUGACAAUUUCUCUCAAACGUCCUCCUCCUUCUCUCCGUCCUCCGACAGACGUGUGCCAUCACAGCGUUUUGCCUGUCGACCUUUCUGACUGUCACGGCUUCCCUGUUUGAGUCUGCGAGAAACGUGAGCUAUCCAUACGCGACACACACAGGGAGGGAGGCAGAGAGUCAGGGAGAAGAAAGAAGCAUCAGUGACAGACAUCUGUGCGUUGUGUAUGUGUGUAUGUGUGUGUGUGUGUGUGUAUGUAUUAAUGCAGUACAUACUGUACGGCAAUCUGGUCAAGGACGCGGAUGCGUCAGGGAGAGUGGCCAGGGUGCAGCCCGGCGACCCGCCCUACAAUGCACUCACUCUCGCAAGAGUGAGACUUACUUAGCAAGAGCUGCCAGAACAUUGAGAGAGCACGGCAUGGCGAGUCUGUGUACUGUGUGCGACAGUCGAUUGGUGCUCCGAUGGGUGACGCAAGUGGUCCGGCGCUGGCGCAACACGUCAAGCUGAUACUCGGUAACCGCCUUACCAAUCGGGCACGAAGGCGACACACGUUCUGCAUCCACCCUGUGCUUCUCCUUCCCGUGGGCUGCAGUGUUUGGUGUGCUGUCUCUGGGACUGUUCAAGAUAGACCCCGGGAAGACUUGGGAGUAUGGGUUUGUGGCGGCAGCCGGGGUCGUGUUGUGUGCUUCGCUCAUUGCAAUCGUCUCGAGGUGGCUGGCACUAAAGAGAACACCCAUCAAGUAUGCUUCAAUGCGCAGAAAACAACAACAACAACAACAACAAAAACAUUUCUGGCCCAUCCUUGUCUCUCUGUGUGUCUGUCAGCACCAUGCUAUCGAAGACAGAGUUGGAUUACCAUGACAGCCGCAUAGAAGCCACCAAGACCGGUAAGAAAAAACAUCAAGAGAGACUUCUUUGCCAUCGGCUGGCCCACGUGUGCGUGUGUGUGUGUGUCCCCGCUGGCUGGCCGCAGAAGCGAUGUUGACGGAGCAGGGCGACGCCUCGCCGAUGUCACUUGCUCGCGAGGGCGGCGCCUCGCCCCUGUACCGAGAAGCGACCCAGGCGACGGAUGCAGCUGCUCGGUCGUUCCAACUUCACAAGAGCUCAGAAGAGAUGUAACACGGCCAUGCAAAUGUCUCUUGCUCGGCCUGAUUGAAGUGUUGUAAGGCGCGACUCUCUGUGUGUGUCUCUGUGUGGUCCUGGGGACAGAAAUGCCAAUCAUUAUGGUGUGUGAUUGAUUGCAUGUCAGUCUGUGUUUGUCUGUUUGUCCACACAAACAGAUAAGCAAAUGAGCUA